AUGCAACAACCCACCCACCCUCGUCUUCAUGUCAGAGACGGUAAUGACGCACACCGUGUCUUUGAGGCAGUCCGCUUGGGUCUGCUACGGCCGGUGGAGAGGCGAUUGAACGAGGUUGAACGCUCCAUGUUUAUUAGAUCGGGAAGCAUCUUCAUCUGGCGCGAGAGCGAAGACGAUCUAGGCCUGAAGAGAUGGACCGAUGGACGCGUGUGGAGUCAGUCACGUAUGAGAGAGCCAUAUCUCUUCUAUGACGAAAAAUUGCCGUCAGACGACAGUCAGGGAGCUAAUCCCGCAUCACGCAAUUUCCGAUUCGUGGACGGGAUAGGUCGCAGUGGAGCAGCCUCUCCGGCACUCUCACAUUAUGAUCGUUCGGAACAGAGAACAACAGGCCUCGUCAAGCAGACCUAUUCCGCAUGGGUUCUUGCGGAUCCUCAGAGACCACAGCGGUGGCAUCUGACGGCAUACCUCACGUUCGCUGAUCUCCCUCACCUACCUACACCAGAUCAGGAUACAACACUUCGUAGCGUUGUCGCGCCACCAGGGAUGUAUAGGAGUGGAAAGACGAGGUCGAGGAAUUCCGACGCGGGAAUAUCGAGUGCGGCACCAUCGCCUCCAGCUUCACCGUCCCCGUACGGACGCUCGGCAUACCCGAAUCCCCCAGCGCCUCGACCAGGCGAGUCGCUGCCUUCCUUACAUACCGCAAUUGCACCAUCGCACCAUGACGGGCAUGGAGUUCGGAGGCAUCACGAUUCAAGAGCGCCGGAGGAUCAGCGUAUGAUACAGAUGCUAAAUUCUCGCCAUAUCAUGUAG